AUGACAGACGCGGCGAACGGCGCCGCGCCUGCGGCCUCCGCGCCGCCCGCUGCCUCUUCUUCGCUGCUUUUGCCGAACAUGGAGAUGAAGCGCGAGCCCGAGGCGGAGCCUCCGACCGUGUCUCCGGCGGCGGCGCCUUCUUCGCCGGCUCCGGGGGAAGGCGCUGUGACGAACGGCGCGAGUGUGAAGCCGCCGGAGGUGAAGGAGAAGGCCGAGCAAGAGAAAGCAGGCGGCAGCAGUGUGCGGACGGUCACAAUAGACGGCGGAGACGUGAAGGAGAAGCUAGACCGACUGUUCAACUACUGGAACAGUCGCUACGCAGUGGAGGGCGACCCGUGGGAGGGCGUCGACAUCUUCGCGAUUCUCGUCGGCAAAGCCAACGAAGAAGAGGAAGGAAAACCCGAGCAAAUGCAGAUGUGGCUGACGGGCUUUCAGUUUCCCGAGACGCUCUUCGUCUUCACGCGCUCAGGCGAGUGGCUGGUGCUGACGAGUCCGAAGAAACUCGAGCACCUGCGGCAGAUCGAGACUUGCCGCGAAGGCAUCUCCCUCUUGUCGCGGAGCGGCCCUGACGGCAUCGAUGGCGCAGUGAGGAGCAUCAAUGAAGCCGUUACGCGGGAAGCCACGACCUCAGGAAAGGCCCCAGAAGAUGUGGUCCUGGGGUGCCUCCAGUCGUCAAACGCCCAGCAGGGCUUCGCGCAGCAGAUGACUGAGACCUUCUUCAAAAAGUUCACGGAUGCGAACAAAUCCAAGUUCGUGGACGACGGCGUCGUCAUCACCAUGGCGGUCCACACGCCUGUGGAGAUUGAGAACAUUCGCAGCGCCAGCAUCGUCUCCGUUGCGAUGAUGAAGACGCAGAUCGUGAACCGCAUCGAGACUGUGCUCGACAACGAGCAGCACGAGUCGCACGCGACGAUUGCCGGCCUCGCUGAGAAGCUCUUGAAGGACGGAAAGCAAGUCGAAAAACUCCGAGAAAGACACAAUAUCGACCCUGCCGAGGUGGAUCUCCUGUACAGCAACGUGCAAAGCGGGGAGGCCUUCGACUUGCGCGCGUCCGCACAGCCGACGACGGCGAAUCUCUCGCAGACCGAAGGUGCGAUCAUCAUUUCGCUCGGCGUCAAGUACAAGGAGCUCUGCGCGGCGCUCGCGCGCACGCUCCUCCUCAACGGGACGAAGGAGCAAAAAGAGAUGUACUCCUUCACCUUCGAACUGCUGCAACACGUGAUCUCGUUGCUGAAGCCGGGCGCUUCGUUCAGCGGCAUCUACGCCGACACGCGGGCUUACAUCGAGGCGCGGAAGCCCGGCCUCAGCGAGCACUUCCUUAAGAUGGCGGGACACUGCAUGGGGAUCGAGUACCGCUCCAACUCUCUCGUGCUCAACCCGAAAAACACCAAGACGCUGGUUGAGCGCGGCAUGAUCUUCAACAUCACCGUUGGGUUUUCGCAUCUGACUACCUCGAAGGGGAAGACGUACGCCAUCUGGCUCGCGGACACCGUGCUCCUGCCCAAGGAGGAGGGCGCGGCGCCUGUCGUUCUUACCGACGGCAUCUCGAAGACUCUGCGUCACGUCUCGUACGAGCUGGAGGACGCCGAGGAGAAGACUCAGGAGAAGACCAAGAGCUCAUUCUCGGAGAAGAAGGAGAGCAAAGAGAAGGUGAAGAAGGGCGAAGACGACGAGGGCCAGAAAAAGAAGAAGAGUGGAAGUUCAACGAAGCAUAAGGAAUCCAAGUCGAACAAAGAGAAGGAGAAAGGAGAGUCGCGAAAAUCGACCGCGGCGGGCGGCGGUGCCAUAUCGGCAACCAUUCUGAACAACGCAGAAUCCGUCAUCCUGAAGGACAGACUGCGGCGGCGAACUGGCUCCCAGGCGGCGACCGCGCAGCAGGAGGCGGAGGAGCGCGACGAGCGCCAGCGGCAGCUGAGGAAGAAGAAAUCAGAGCAGCUGCGUCUUCGCUUCGAUAACGAGAAAGACGGCGGCGGCUUGGAGCGGAAGAAGAAAGAGGGGAAGAAGAUGGAAGAUAUAAAGUGCUUCGCCAGCCCCGAGGCCUUCCCUCGCGACCUCAAGACGAACAAGCUAUACGUGGACUUCAAGUCGGAGUCGCUACUCGUUCCGAUUCACGGCUCUCACUUGCCCUUCCAUCUCUCGACGGUGAAGAACGUGACCUGCAGCGAGACGCAGGGCGGCGACGCGUCUGGCGGCGCGGCUGCAGGCAAAAACCGAUCGCCGUUCUUCGUGCUGCGCGUGAACUUCCAGGUCCCAGGUAGUCAGACUUUGACGCUGAAGGGCGAGGAAAACCCGCUGCCGGAUCUCUCCGGGCGCCCUGACACAGUCUUCAUCAAGGAGCUGAUGUUUAAAAGUGAAGACGGCAGACACCUCCAGACGAUCUUCCGGACGAUCAAGGAGCAGCUGAAGCGCGUGAAGCAGAAGGCGCUGGAAGACGACGUCGCGGGAGAGAUGACAGAGCAAGAUAAGCUUAUUUUGAACCGCACCGGGCGCCGCGUCCUGCUGAAGGACCUGAUGAUUCGACCCAACAUCGCGCCAGGCAUGCGCAAGCUCAUCGGCACGCUGGAGGCGCACACCAACGGACUGCGGUUCACAGUGAACACCCGCGGUCAGAUCGAUCAAGUCGACAUCACCUACAGCAACAUCAAACACGCUAUGUUCCAGCCCUGCGAGCGCGAACUCAUCGUCUUGAUUCACUUCCAUCUCAAGUCCGCGAUCAUGGUCGGAAAGAAACGCACGCAGGAUGUCCAGUUCUACACCGAGGCCGGCACGCAGACCGACGACCUCGACAACCGCAGAAAUCGCUCGUUCCACGACCCCGACGAGACUCAGGACGAGAUGCGCGAGCGCGAGCUGAAGCGGAAGCUGAACAACGAGUUUAAGCGUUUCGUUCAACAGGUUGAGGACAUCGCGAAAGUCGAGUUCGAUCUGCCGUACAGGGAGCUGCGCUUCACAGGUGUGCCGAUGAAGAGCAACGUCGAGAUUCUGCCGACGGCGAACUGUUUGGUGCACCUGAUUGAAUGGCCGCCGUUCGUGUUGCCGCUGGAAGACAUCGAGCUCGUCAGCUUCGAGCGCGUUGCGCACGGCCUGCGGAACUUCGACGUCAUCUUCGUCUUCCAGGACUACACGAAGCCUGUCAAGAGAAUUGACUUGGUUCCAAUCGAGUUUUUGGAUAACCUGAAGCGCUGGCUGAACGAGCUCGAGAUCGUGUGGUACGAGGGCAAGCAGAACCUGAACUGGAACGCGAUUUUGAAGCAGAUUCGCGACGACCCGCACGGCUUCGUGGAGGCCGGCGGCUUCGAGAUGUUCUUAGGUGACGACAGUCCGUCGGGCGAGGAGGGCGACACAGAUGAAGACGACGACGACGAGGAAUACGCAGAGUCUGAAAGCGAGAGCGAGUAUGAGGGCAGCGGCGAAGAGCAGGAAGACGGAGAGGAGGGGUCUUCUGAGGACGACUCGAGUGACAGCGACGACGACGAGUCGCUCGCCGACGAGAGCGACGAGGACGAAGAGUACAACGACGUCUCUUCGGACGAAGAAGAGGGCCUGAGCUGGGACGAGCUCGAGGAGCGUGCGAAGAAAGAGGAUCGCAAGCGGCGCACAGAGGAUUCUGACGAGGACGACGAGCGCAGAAAGAAGAAGAGAAAAUGA